UGCCAAGUACCACCUUAACUAUGAUCUGCUACAAUCUACCCCUAAGAAAGGUUCACCCUUCACGUGGCCACAAUAUCAUGUUUUGUCUUUCAUCCUUCAAGCGUGGAUAUAUUUGGAGGAUUGGUACAGGGGGAGAGGAUCCUAUAAAGUUCGGAUUGGAAGGUUAUUACGCCGAAAAUGUUACAUCCACGGGCUCCUACGAAGAGAAUACUACAUAAACUUACUAACUAACUAACUAUGCCCCCCGAUUUUCAUGGGGUGGGCCCCUCCCUUCCCUUAACUCCAAUCACAUCUUCCAACGUUAUUGAUUUUUUAUUACUCUUAUUACCCAUCCCACGAGGUUAAACGGUAGUUAGCGAUCUAAUCAAUGCUACUAUUAUUGGUUUGUGGCACGAAGAGCUCACGAGUUUAAUGAGUUUGGCCAAAAAAAGGAGAGGAGAGGAGAGGAGGAGAUUGCUAAUUUGGGCGCGGUAAUCUCUCCUGGCCUCUCAACGCGCGGGUCGAUGUAUAUAUAGAGCUAAUUAAGCUCCUUCAACCUCACACCGCACCACAAUCUCUCCUCCUACGUAGUGUGCAAACCAACCAACGCAAGACAAGAGAAGCAGCAAUGGCGGUGCAGCAGUGUACGGUGGCGCUCUUGGUGGCCGUCGCCCUCGUGGCGGGGCCAGCCAUCUCGUAUGCUGCCGAAGCUAGCUACGCCCCAGCCGGGCCACAGCCCAAGGCCAUGACCGAGGAGCAGAAGCUAAUUGAGAAGGCCAACAACGCCUUCAAGGCGGCCGUGGCGGCCGCAGCCGCAGCCCCUCCAAUGGACAAGGGCAAGAUAUUCGCGAAGACCUUCACGCAGAUCUUUGGCAGCUGGUCUCUUGAGGGGGUCACCGACACGUCCAGCACCAAAGCCAUUUUCAACUCCAGGGUCGGCUUCACUCUGGCGUGGGCCUCACAGAAAGCCCAGGGUGCUACCCCAGAGGCCAAGUACGAAUCCUUCGUGGCCAUGUUCGGCAAGUCCCUUCGCAUCAUCACCGGCAUCCUCGAGGUCCAAGCCGGCGAGGAAGUCAAGGGGCCGAUCCCUGCUAGCGAGCUCAAGGCCAUCGACCAGAUCGACGCCGCCUUCAGCACUGCAGCCACCGCCGCCGAAGCUGCCCCCAAAAAGGACAUGUCCACCGUCUUCGACUCCGCCUUCAGCAAGGCCAUCAAGGAGACCACGGGCGGUGCAUACGAGGGCUACAAGUUUGUCCCCGCCGUCGAGUCCGCCGUCAAGAAAAGCUACGCCACGUUUCUUCCCAGGAAUCCCCACGACAAGCGCACGCUCAUUGAGUCCUUCCUGAGCGACACCAUCGUCUCCAUGGCCGCCGUCGUCGCCCCCGCCCCUGCCACUCCCACCGCCACCGCCGCUGCCGGUGGCUACAAAGUCUGAGCUCACCGCAUAUACUGCACGUAGAUAUGCAUAUGCGUACGUGUGUAUGUGACUGUGGCAGCCGGCGAGUUUGAUCGACAAUCAAAAUCAAUUAUUGGUUUUUGUUUCAUGCACCGGCGAUCGAUGACCUCUUAGUUAAGUACUCUCUCCGUUCGGAAUUACUCGUCUAAGAAAUGAAUGUAUCCAGAUGUAUUUUAGUUGUAGAUACAUUCAUUUUUGUGACAAGUAAUUCUGAACGGAGGGAGUACAUGAUAAGCAUGGCCAUCAGCUAGCAUAUUCCAUUCAUUUUCGUAUAUUACAUUCUUGGCCAUUCAGUUUUCACCAGCUAUUGGAACACUAAAUUGUAACCAACCAUGCAUGUAGAAGAUGUCAUAAUACACAUACUUUCUACUUACUGUAUUUAUAUCUCUAAGCUGAGCUGCUUGAUUUGUAUUCUCUGA